UUUGCUGUUGUCUUUUAUUUUCUUAUUGGUUUCGUUGAACCUUUUUGCUGAUUUGAUAACAUACUGGAGCUGUCCUUUGUGCUGAUAGAAGUCCUUGUCUCUGAUGUGAAAAAUUAAAUUAAUCUCUUAUUUUUUGUUUUGGUAAAUAAAUGAAUAGUUGUUGUUGGUUUUGACCACAAGGUGUCAGUGUUAUAUCAGCAUACCCUCUUGGCCCAGCCCCUCCACAGAGGUUUUGUUCUUUUCGCAAGACGGGGCGGUAUUUGAAACGAAUGCAUUUCGAAGCCACAGUAGCUGUCUUGACGUCGGAUGUAAAUGAAACCUUAUUGCAGUGUUUUGAUGCGUUUGGUUGAAUGCUUUUUUAUGAGGAGACGGAACUGGAUUUGACAGAAAUAUCAUUGUUGUCUGAAAAAAAUGGGACCAAGGCAAGGGGAAAUGCGGAGCGUGGCCUUUUAUUUAUCUGUUAUGAUGAGCUGCAUUGUGCGGAUCUCUGCUCAGAUCAAAUACUCGGUUCCAGAGGAAGUCAAGGUGGGAUCAGUUGUAGGGAAUGUGGCCAAGGAUUUAGGAUUAGACAUCAGUUCUUUGGAGGAAAGACGUUUUCGUAUCGUUUCAGCAAGUGGGGACGCUCAAUUCGAAGUAAGUCAGAACAAUGGCGUGCUGUCCGUUCAUAAAAACAUCGACAGAGAGGCGCUCUGUGAGAGCGUAUCGCCCUGUUUGUUAAACCUAAAAAUGGUCGUCGAAAAUCCAAUGGAAAUUCAUUAUGUUGCUAUAGAAAUAACUGAUGUAAAUGAUAACUCGCCGCGAUUUAAGGUGGAAGAACAUCUAAUACAAAUUCCAGAGUCCACUCUCCCUGGAAAACGCUUCCAGCUUCCCAUAGCGCAUGAUCCAGAUAUUGGCAUCAAUACAGUUCGUGUAUACAAAGUAAACCAAAAUGAAUAUUUCAAUAUACAAAUUCGAGAGACGAGAGAGGAUAAAAUACCGUUGUUGAUUUUACAAAAGCCCCUAGAUCGGGAAAAGAAAUAUAUGCAUGAAGUCGUUCUCACAGCAGUUGAUGGUGGAAAUCCACAGAGAACAGGAAAUCUUAACGUCACCGUUAUAGUCCUGGAUAUAAAUGACAACAACCCAGUAUUUAGCCAAGAGGAAUAUUCUGUAACGAUAGCAGAAAAUAUAAAUACUGACACAAGUGUAAUUACAGUAAAAGCAACAGAUCUAGAUGAGGGUAUAAACGGUGAAAUUGAAUAUUUUUUCGAUGACCAGAUUGACAAUAACCUGUAUAAUAUUUUUAGUCUUCACAAAAACACCGGGGAAAUUCGGGUUAAAGGGGAUAUUGACUUUGAAAAAGUUGACAUAUUUAAAUUGAACGUUUAUGCCACUGAUAAAGGACAGCCUCCGAUGAGUACUGAUUGUAGAGUCAUCAUUAAAGUUGUAGAUGUGAACGACAAUAAGCCUGAAAUAGAAGUAACAUCUUUGUCCGGGAUGGUUCCCGAAAACGCAAACCCGGGCACUGUAGUUUCUCUUAUAAGUAUCACUGACAAAGACUCAGGGUUAAAUGGUAAAGUUGUGUGUAGUCUUUCAGAUGACGUGCCGUUCGAUUUAAAACCAUCAUUUCAAAAUAACAUGUACUCACUGGUGUUAAAAAGUCGCCUUGAUCGAGAAUCAGUGGCACAUUAUGAAAUCCAAAUAACAGCCACCGACUGUGGGGAGCCCCCUUUAUCUACAUUCAAAACUCUGAGCAUUGAGGUGUCAGACGUGAAUGAUAAUAGUCCCGAAUUUUCGCAUAAUCCAGUUGAAUUUUACCUGGUGGAAAAUAAUGUGGCAGGAAAGCCAAUAUUUUCUGUAACAGCCUCUGAUAAUGAUUUAAAUGAAAACGCUGCUCUGGUUUAUCACGUUGUUAGAGAAGAGAACAGUCAUAAAAAUGUGGCGUUUUUGAACAUCAAUACUGAGACUGGACAGGUGUCUGCGUUGAAAAGUUUUGACUACGAAUCAACAAAAACGUUCCAGUUCCACGUGGUGGCGUCAGAUUCAGGAAGUCCGUCACUGAGCAGCAACGUCACAGUGAACGUGUUCAUUCUGGAUCAGAACGACAAUCCUCCAGUCAUUCUGUAUCCACUCAGCUCUAAUGGUUCUGCUGAAGGUGUGGAGGAGAUUCCCCGCAAUGUGGACGCAGGACACUUGGUGACUAAAGUCAGAGCCUAUGAUCCUGAUAUAGGAUAUAACGGCUGGUUACUGUUUUCACUGCAGGAAGUUUCUGACCACAGUCUGUUUAAUUUGGACCGAUAUACAGGACAGAUCAAAACACUUCGUCCAUUCACAGAGACAGACGAGGCUGAGCAUAAACUGGUCAUACUGGUGAAAGACAAUGGGAACGUUUCACUGUCAGCAACAGCUACUGUGAUUGUCAAAGUUGUGGAGCCCAAAGAAGCUUUUGCAGCUUCUGAUGUGAAAAGUUCAACCAAAGCAGAUGAGGACAAUGAUGUGACUUUUUACCUGAUGAUAACUUUGGCCUCAGUUUCUGCUCUUUUUCUCAUCAGUAUCAUUGUGCUGAUUGCAAUGCAGUGCUCCAAGUCCACAGACUAUACUUCUAAAUAUCUACCAGAGCCAAACUAUGAUGGAACAUUGUGUCACAGCAUCCAGUACAGAUCUGGAGACAAACGGUACAUGUUAGUUGGACCCAGGAUGAGUAUUGGAUCUACUAUAGUCCCAGGAAGUCAUGCAAAUACUCUGGUGCUUCCUGACAGGAGACAGACAUCUGGGGAGGUAAGAAGCUUAAACUAUGCAGCGUGUUGAUUGCCAUUCAUGUCUUGUUGUUUUUCCAUGUUCAAGUAUCAAAGUAUUUACCGGUGUGUUAAAUACUCAUGGAACAAGUUGCAACAAAUCGGCUUAAAGUAUUGAUGAUGAAAACAAAACCUACAAACAGUUGUGGAAAUUUGUAAAAUACAUUACUAUCUAUUAGUUAUCCUAUAUUUCAGACGUAGUUAUAUUUUUUCAUUACAAUGUUAUUUUGCCACCAGUCAGAUUAAUAUCUCUGUCGAGAAAUAUUGUUCUUGUUCAGAGGUCAAUGAAAUACAUUUCACUGGGUUCUUGUGUUCCUUUUUUAUAUUUUAGAUUAAUUUGGAAUAAUUACGUUUAUAAUGUCAUUAGAUGGAUAAAGGUGUCCUGAAUAACCCGAAAGCUUUGUUGGUUUAUUUCAGUAAUGGGACUAAGGCGAGAUUUAUUUUCUUUUACCAAAGCAUCUCCA